ACUGCUCGGAAUGAGCCAGUCUGCAAGGCCUGGGCCCCUCGCGGCUUCUCUCUCUUCUCUCCUAUUGACGGCUCGUGGAGACUGGAGAGGGUGGGAACCUGGGCUCCCCUCCGCCCCUCCGCGGCCCCAUUGUGGGAACAUUGUACUCUCAGCAAGCUCAUUCCCACCUGGACCAUCCUCAACUGAUUAUGCCUCUCUUUCUCCCACCUCCUCACAGGAAAGUGAAAUUUUGUGCAGCUCAUUUGUUGUUGAGCUCUCUGUGACCAGUCUGCUCUGUGCAGCCCGUCUGUCAUGAGGCUGCUCUAGCAGCUCUGUGUUGGCACGGAUAGCCUUUUGCUUGGUUUAGGAGUGUCUGUGUAGUGCGUUCUCUUUGUGUAGAAAAUGUGGUUGUGCAUGUUUGGUGAAGUGAAUACGUUUUACUGGAAGCCUCUCCACCUGACAUCUUGGAAUACAGUGGACUCCAGUGUGAUGUGUUUGUGAUGGGCUCAGUUGAUGUCAUCCCAAAUGAAGGAUGGCUUGUCGACAUGAUACUAGACCGUGCUUGCUGUGUAGAGAGCUGGCUGAUUUUAAACCUAAAACUAAAAUGAAGCAAUCUUUCAAACAAGCAUCAGAAAAUUUUAUUCUUAAAAGACCAGAAAAGUUCCAUGGGUUUCUCAAGUCCAGCCGUCAGUCAAAAUUUUGGAGCUUUGGACAAAGAAGUUUUAAUAGAAGCUAUAGCAUAAGUGGUUCCUAUAGAACAACUGGGAGCACUCUGGAGGCGAGGAGAAGGUGCACUGACAGUUUAAACAAUGUCGUUCUGCCCAGUGAAAAUACUCCUCCUGAACUCACAGGUGUAACAAGUGUUAGUUUAGACAAUUUAAGUUAUCAUGAGGGAGGCUUUGAGAACAUGUCCUUUGACUGUGGAAGCCUGGAGUCCAUUUUUCUUGGUGGUAGUGCCACUCCGGUUGGGAGUGGAAGCCCUAAACCACCAAGGAUUUUCAGCCUGGAAGACCUCAGAAUGCGGUAUGAGUGGCCUUUGAAAAAAUCUAAAAAAAUUAAUCAAAACUAAAAUAAUUUUCUUCUGUGAUACUGUGUCUCAAAAGAUAAUUCUUUCUAAGGCCAUUGCAGCUCAUGAUCCAUUUUUUAAAUGGUGUGCUUAAUUAGUUUACUACUUUGUCAUG